GCUUUCUCUUCCCGCAUCGAAGCGGUUCUUCUUCGUGUACUUCUUCUCCUUCUCCUUCUCCUUAUCCCUAUUAUUGAACCCUUUGCUUAUUUAUUGGAGUGGAAUGUGACAGGUGUCCUAUGAUGUGGUGGAACGUGGUUAAUAUAUCUAAUUUCCAUCUGAUUUGAUCUUAUUUAUUUUUGAAUCGUGAUUCUGUGCCUUUUUCUAGAACAUAUUUCUUUUUUUUCCUACUCUUCCAAGCUUGGGCCUCACCCUGUCAGUCCCCUUGUUCGUCAGGUUUUUUUCAACCGAAGCACGAGAGCAAAUUCGAAUAUAAAUACCUAGAUUUCUAGUUGGAUACAAGAGAACCAUCGAUCAUCUUUUAAUUCGGCUUAUUAGCCACAGAAAGACUCAAAUAUUCGUUAUACGUACAACACAAUACCGACAAGAUGUUGGCACUUACACAUCAUGAACACAACGCGCCCGAGCUCACCUUGGCAGUUCUUGGCUGCGGUACCAUGGGUAUAGCGAUCCUCUCAGGGAUCUUAACCUCGCUGCAAGAAAUGUCCGGGCCGCGUCCCCUACAAACCCCCUCAGGUCGCUCAACACCCGCCGACGAAGUCCCGUCCCGUCUCCCCUCGCGCUUCAUCGCAUGCGUACGCCGUCCCGAGUCCGCCAAGCGAGUGAAACAAGCCCUCUGGGAACACAGCUCCUCCGUAAAAGUAGUACAAAAGGAGAACGUAUCCGCGGUCAUGAAAUCCGAAGUCAUCAUCCUAGCAUGCAAGCCAUACAUGGUCGAGGACCUGCUUAACGAGCCAGGUAUGUCCAAGGCAUUGCACGGGAAGCUUCUCAUCAGCAUAUGCGCCGGCAUCACCGUGCCGCAGAUCGAAAAGAUCCUACACGGCGCUGUGCCUGAGAAGGACCCCGAAGUCGACGGACGAUGCAGGAUCGUGAGAGCGCUUCCCAACACGGCGAGUAUGGUUCGCCAGGGCAUGACGGUUGUCGCGAAUAGUAAUCCACCCUUGCCCCCUCAGACCUCGAGUCUCGUGACUUGGAUCUUCAAGCGCAUUGGCGACGUCAUUUACCUCCCUGCUGAGAACAUGGAUGCUUCGACCGCACUCGCUGGGUCCGGCCCAGCUUUCUUUUCUCUCGUCCUUGAGGCUGCUGUUGAUGGUGCCGUGGCUCUCGGUGUUCCGCGAGCAGAAGCCCAAAGAAUGGCUGCCCAAUCCAUGAAAGGUGCUGCUGCUUUAGUAGCUAGUGGAGACCACCCUGCCCUGCUUCGUGAUAGGAUCAGUACGCCGGGCGGUUGCACUAUUGAGGGUCUCCUAGUUCUCGAGGAGGGACGAGUACGAAGCACUGUCGCCAAGGCCGUAAAAGAAGCUGCUCAUGUUGCUAGUCAGCUUGGUAAGGGCAUCUAGAUUAGAACGUGGUGUGAGCAAAAAGGGGGUCCGUUUUUCAUGUGCAUAUGGGGUGGAGUUUGAGGCGUCUUAAUCAUAGAUAGGACGUUAAUUGAGAUUAUCAACACAACGAU